AUGCCGUCGCUUGCUGCGUCCCCUGCGAAAGCCGAUACCACCGCUGCUGUCAUGGACACACUACUGCUCCAGUAUCUACAGACAAGAGGAUACCAUGUCUAUAAGGGGGAAGACGGGCGUCCUCCUUUUGCUACGGAACCGGCUACACCUCCCGACGACGUGAGCCUUGACAGGUACGCACGUCAAUUAGGGUUAACAACCGAAGCCUGUGCAGCGAACCACUUGCUGUUUCAUGGACUCACGGGCGGAAAUCCGGCAACAUAUGACGAGGCAUACCGGAAACUGAUGGACUGGAUCUGCAACUCGUUGGACAUGUACCGCAACGAGCUGCACGCAGUGGCGUUCCCGGUUUUUGUCCACUGCUACUUGGAGCUGCUAGCAAAAGGGUUCCUGGACGUGGGCAGAGAGUUUUUCCAUCGACACGCACGCGAUCAUACGAGACUGCACUUGGAAGAGCUGCGAACGCUGAGUCUCGUGUUCACACCGCAGCAGUUGCAAGAGAACGAAUACGUGCGGGAGGUCCUUCAUAGCAAGUUUAACGUGGAGAUGAGUCUGCUGUCUUUUGAGCUGCUGAACACGUUCUUGAGCCAAGAACAGCUGUUUGUCUUGCUAUCGAUUGUCAAUGAGCGGAUGAAUCUGGUCGUGACGUCAAAUCAGCCGGGUAUACAGAUCCAACAGCUCCAGGAUGCUGCUGCAGUUGGCGUGCUGAAUAACAUGGAGCCAAAGAACAACGCAGCGAGUGGAUUCAAGACGUCUGAUGAACUUGCUUUGGCUGUUGCUACGUCGGAUGAACCAAGGGAGAGCGAGGUUGCUAUGCCGUUGACGACUGGCCCCUAUGAUGUAGAUUAUAUGGUGCGCACUGCUGGCGGGAACGCUGCUGCAGCGAUUGAAAGGAUGGGCUACACAGUGCAGGAUCUUAAUGCUAUUCCUGUCAACUGGGGAGUCUUUGCGGAGCGCAAAGUGCACGACCCUGUGAUAGACGAAGGAGAAGAGAGUGCCGGGAUGGGAAAAGAGUUCAAUGCGAAUGUAAGUGUUGCAGGAGGGAAUAGUACAGCGAGUGGUUCUGGCGGAGUGCACGAAGCCGAUGGCGACAAAGCAAACGGUGCGGACAACUCAAAAGAUAAAGGCAAGGUGAUUGGACUGUCCGCAGAUGUAAAUCGCAAACACAAGCGUGCAAAACUGUCGAGUGAUGGCACGGUGGGCAUGAAAAAGGAAGUACUGGAGGAGACCGGUCCGCUUCCGAAUCGAACCAAUGCUUUUAACGUGGAAGUGCUGGAGAAACUUGUGCUUCGCACUUCAUCUACUAUGAAGGAGCAUAGUCUCGAGGACGUCCGCGCUCGUGCAGCAGUAAGCCGCAGUGCACUUCCAUCGGCCCUUUGUUUUACGUUGCUGAAUUCGGCGACUCCUAUCAACAACAUGUGCUUCAGCGACGACGUCACAAUGGUGGGUGCGGCAUGCGACGACGCCUCUUUUCGAGUUUGGCGCAACGACGAUCAACCUCUAGGAACCGCCACCGGAUCUACAUACCAGGGCAACCAAGGGUCGCUUCACGCCGAUACAGAGGAAGACGAGAAAAUGGCCGUACUUCGUGGCCACACUGGUGCUGUAUACGGCGCAAGUUUCUCACCUGACAACCGGUUCGCGCUCACGGCGUCGGCUGACUCCACGGUGCGUUUGUGGAGUAUGGCUGCGAAGAGCAACUUGGUUGUGUAUAGGUCCCAUCACGGAUCUCCAGUGUGGGACGUCACCUUUGCUCCGCUCGGCUACUACUUUGCGACCUGUUCGAUGGACCGGACUGCACGGUUGUGGAGUACGGACCACAUGACACCACUGCGCAUCUUUGCCGGCCAUUUGUCGGAUGUGGACUGUGUGCGAUUCCAUCCGAACCACAACUACCUGGCCACGGGCUCGAGUGACAAGACUGUCCGGCUGUGGGAUGUGCAAUCUGGUAAAUGUGUCCGAGUGUUUACGGGCCACUUUCGUGGAGUGCAAUGCCUUGCGUUUUCGCACAACGGUCGGUAUCUCGCAAGUUCAGGCGAAGACCAGUACAUAAAUAUUUGGGACCUGCACGCUGGCAAACGUUUGGAAACCCUAAUGGGCCAUAAGGCCAUGGUCACUUCGCUGGAUUUCAGCCAGGAGAGCACGAUUCUAGCGAGCGGUGGCAUGGACUCGACUGUGCGUUUUUGGGAUAUGAAGGCGCUCGCUGAGAAGCCCGCGACGUAUUCAGCGCUUUCAGGAGCGAUGAAAGAUUUGCACGUGAGUUCGUCCGAUGCAGGCGUGCUGAACGGCGGCACUCGACUUUCUGGUCGUAGCCGGUUUGUCAAAUCCAUGUCGACAGUACGACAAGGCGCCGUGCAGGAGUUGCCGUCGUCCCGCUUCCUGCUAAGAACGCUGCGCUCGAAGCAGACGCCCAUGUAUCGCGUUCAGUUUACUCCGCGCAAUCUGUUACUCGCUGGCGGUGUAUUCCAGCCGAAAAUGGAGUCAUAG